UUAAAAACAAAAGCUAGAGAGACGUUAGAGAGACUCUCUCUCCUCUAUAAGACACCACUCACUAUCCAUUGCAGAAGGGAAAGCUCAGAACUUUAACGUUCUUCUAGAGAGAGAAAAAAAAGAAAAAUGGAAGGGAAAGAAGAGGAUGUGAGAGUGGGAGCGAACAAGUUCCCGGAAAGACAACCCAUCGGGACAUCGGCUCAAAGCGACAAGGACUACAAGGAGCCACCACCUGCGCCGCUGUUCGAGCCAGGCGAGCUGAGCUCGUGGUCUUUCUGGAGAGCAGGGAUCGCCGAGUUCAUAGCUACCUUCCUCUUCCUUUACAUAACAGUAUUGACUGUAAUGGGAGUGAAGAGAGCACCAAACAUGUGUGCCUCUGUUGGAAUCCAAGGCAUUGCUUGGGCUUUCGGUGGCAUGAUCUUUGCCCUUGUCUACUGCACUGCCGGCAUCUCUGGUGGACACAUAAACCCAGCGGUGACAUUCGGUCUGUUCUUAGCUCGGAAACUUUCACUGACCAGAGCUGUCUUCUACAUCGUCAUGCAAUGCCUCGGAGCCAUCUGCGGCGCCGGCGUUGUCAAAGGCUUCCAGCCUUCCCCCUACCAAACCCUCGGCGGCGGAGCCAACACCGUCGCUCCCGGCUACACCAAAGGAUCCGGACUUGGAGCUGAGAUUAUCGGAACUUUCGUCCUAGUCUACACCGUCUUCUCCGCUACCGACGCCAAGAGAAGCGCGCGUGACUCUCACGUUCCGGUAAAUUUCGAGACCAACAACCUCUUUGUUUUGAAUGUUUGUGUAUUAACUCUAAGGUGGAAUUUGCAGAUUUUGGCUCCACUCCCGAUCGGAUUCGCUGUGUUUUUGGUUCACUUGGCGACGAUUCCGAUCACCGGAACCGGAAUUAACCCAGCUCGGAGUCUAGGAGCUGCAAUCAUCUACAACAAGGACCACGCCUGGGAUGACCACUGGAUAUUCUGGGUGGGUCCAUUCAUCGGAGCAGCUCUUGCGGCUCUUUACCACCAGCUUGUCAUCCGAGCCAUUCCUUUCAAGACCAGAUCAUGAUUUCCUUCUCUAUGUUUUCCUUUGUCUUUAUUUUAUUUUAUUUAUUGAUGUUCACCUUUGUUCUUUGUUUGUAUCGGAGCCUUCAGAAUAUUUGGCAUGUGGUGAUGUUUGUUUGUUUAAUGAAUUUGUCUGGGUUCCUCUGUUU